AUGUCGAACACAAAAAGAGUAAGCAUCAACCCAACUGUCAAGGUUCACGAGAUCUUGAGCAUUCAUGAUUACACUCCAAGUGAAAUCACUGCUACCUGGUAUGAUGAAGAUGAAAUGGACAGAAUCACGCAAAAAUGCUUAAAGAUUCUACAAAAACUAGAGAGCACAAGCACCACCAAAUACUGCGUAAGAGGAUUGGAAACCCAUACCACAUUGGGCUCCAUUGGCAAGAGGAAAAACAGAGCGGCUGCUUACAGAGCAGUGUUAAGGGAACAAGAAAGACCAUGGAAGGAGAAUGAGGAAACCAGCUCUCAAGAAGCCAUCGCCAACGCGUACCGAUGCACAACCUCAAGUUCCCAAAUGUGGGCUCAAGUUGUUGGUACUCGUGAUCAACAAGAAGUAGAAGCCUAUCUAUAUGAUGAUGACGAAGAAGAGGAAGACCAAGAAAUGAGAAAAGCAGCUCCUUCCACAGUCUGCUCACUGUGCCAAGAAUCCAGAAUAGUAAUGCAGUCAGCUCGCACAGCUAGUAGUUUCAGCGCAAGAGCGGCGUAG